GUUGGACAAAAUCAAUUUAACGUCAUCACUACUAUAUUUGGUAAUGAGUAGAAACGCCAAGCGGAUGCUUCAUAUUUAUACAUCCAGUGAAAUAUCUGUCUCAUUGUUCUAGAGAAGCGGGUUGACUGUUGAUCCGGAAACUCACCGAGGGACGUACUCUUCCGCUCCGAGAUUUGUUCUAGUAAAUUGAUGAUCUUGAGUUACUAUUAAAGAUGAUAGUAUUGUUAAUAUAGUAACUUGUUCUACUGUCAAUGGUUCAACAUAUUAGAAACACUAACAAUAGCUCGUUAGUGUGUCAAAGUGUUGGGGGAGUGGAAGUGAUCGUUAUUUGCCAUAUAUGCAACUUGAACUGUGAUCGAAGUAGGCUCGUCCAUGCAGGGUAUAACGUUAGGUCUACUAGGCUUCUCCGGACAGUCGAUCGAAGUAUCCUUCGUCCAUGCAGGAUAUAACGUUAGGUCAACUAGGCUUCUCCGGACAGUUGCUCUGUGAACAAUUUAGGGGAAAUUACAGAAAAGGUUGAAGGGAUGAAGCAGAAAAAGACUAAAUUGAAGGAUUUCCUAGAGAAUAUCAGUGUACUGCAAUGGAUACUGACCUUCCUCUUAUUAGGUCUGGCUUGUAUUGGGUUGAUGGUGUACCUUAUGUUUACCUCUCUGUGGCCACUGCCUACUCUCUACUUCAUAUGGCAGUUGAAGGACUGGCACACACCUGAAAGAGGGGGCAGGAGAACUGCAUUUGUGAGAAACUGGAAAAUGUGGAAACAUGUAAGGGACUACUUCCCAAUGAAGUUGGUGAAGACAGCGGAGUUGAACCCAAACAAGAACUACAUCUUAGGGUGUCAUCCUCAUGGUGUCAUGAGUAUGGGAGCCUUUACCUCUUUCAGCACUGAGGCCUGUGGCUUUAUGGACCUCUUCCCUGGGGUGCGCUCCUGCCUCUGCAUACUAGGUGGCAUCUUCAAGGUCCCCCUCUACAGGGAAUAUGCCAUGGCCACAGGUUGUUAUCCAGUCAGCAAGCCCAGUCUAGAGCACCUUCUGUCUAAAAGUGGGAAAGGCAAUGCGGUAGUGAUUGUGAUAGGGGGCGCUGCUGAGUCUCUGCUGAGUCUGCCUGGGGUCAAUACUGUGUAUAUGAAGCAGAGGAAAGGCUUCGUCCGGGUGGCCCUGGAGUUUGGGGCUGACCUCGUGCCCGUCUACUCGUAUGGGGAGAACAAUAUCUUCCGCCAGGUGAUCUUCACAGAGGACAGUGUGGGCUGGAGGUUGCAGCAACUCUUUAAGAAGCUCAUGGGCUUUGCCCCCUGUCUGUUCGUGGGUGAAUGCUGGUUCUGGAUGCCUUACCACUGCCCUGUCACCACUGUCGUGGGUAGUCCUAUCCCAGUGCCAAAGCGGCCUUCCCCCACUCAGGAGGAAGUGGAUCACUACCAUGGCCUCUACAUGGAGGCCCUGGCCAAGCUCUUCCAUGGACACAAGGCCAGCUGUGGACUCUCAGACAGCCACGAGCUGCGCAUCAUAUAGGCCAAUCAUUUAGACUGCUCCCACAAGGACUAUGUGAAUGACGUGAUUUGUCAUGGUGUCUUUUUGUCAGAUACUGUAGCCAACCGAUCUCCACAGUGAGACUACUUGAAUGAACAUAUUCCAACUCAGGAUCCAGCGAUGUUCCAAUCAUUGAUCCCUGGAUCCACUAAGCUGCCUGGCUAAUAACUUUUGACUGUAUUUACUGUAAGGGAACAGUGCAUGUGCUUUAAUGUACCAAUAAUUUAA